AUGUUCUCUCGUUGGUUUUGGUCAGCGCUCAGUCUACUGAGCGGUCUCCUCACCAUUGUUGAAGCCUAUCCAGGAACGAUAUAUGACAUCUCAGUUCCCGCGUCGGGUCGACAAGGCUGGUCUAUCACGAUCGAUACGCAAUGGGAGGAGUUGUGGCAGCCUUCUGAGACCUUCGGGAUCAUCUAUGCGUUCAAGAACGAAAGCCUGAGCUGCAAGGACUGCUUAGGAAAAGUAUUUGCGUACACUAAUCUUGAUCAUCCCGGAGCAUCUUUUCAACUGCACAGGCAGAUCACCAUUCAGCUACCCCGGACAAUCCCCCCUGGCCAAUACGAACUCGAGUUUGCAAUCACGUCAGUGAAUGCGAUAGAGGACGGAGUGGAAAAAUCGUUACAAGCAGUGGUCGAAUAUGAAUAUCAAAUGUGUACUUCCUUUUGUAGUAUCUUUCAUUGCGAUGAACGGAUUCCGUCAGACAUUCAAAUACCUGAUUGCUCUCAAGGUGGAGGUGAUUGUGUAGAUACAAAUAUCUACCCUCAUGGACAAGAUGUCACUAUCAUGCCCCGGACACCAAAUGAACUUGAAUUGGGGAGGAAUCCGGUACUAGAAGCUGUCCCGCAGGUAACAUCGGGUGACCUCGUGAACACGCAAUAUCUCGGAGAAGUCAUGCGGACAAAGUGA